UCUUAGUAUCAAGUUUGUUUAUGUAUAUAAAUCCUAGAUCAUCUUGUUAUCGUCACAAACAUCUGAAGUCAUUAUUUACAAGUUUAAAAAAAUGGUUUCAAUAGUCUCUUGUCCGUUAUUAUCCACCUGUGUGCACCAUGCUCGAUCCAUCAGUUUACCUAACAUAUCACAUCCUAUCACUCUUCAAGUUGAAGAGGAACUAGCUCAUUUCAAAUCGUCCGAGGCAUCUUCAUCUUCAACCACGAAUAUAGAAACACUCUGUGAUUCUAUAUUGAGGUUGAAAAGGUUGUAUACAUCUGUUAACGAUCUUAUCAGCUUGCCACAGACCCAACAAGCCCUUUUGCACAGAAAGGAUGAUAAAUUAGUUGAUGAGUUGCUAGAUCGAUCAAUGAGUCUUUUAGAUGUUUGUGGCUCCAUAAAAGAUGUCAUGGAACAAGCAAAGGAGCAUAUAAGAAAUAUUCAAUCAGCUCUUAGAAGGAGAAAGGAGAGCCUGAAAUGUGACAAUUCCUCACUCUUGAAAGUGAAGGAUGCUAGAAAAGGAAUUUUAGCACUAAAGCAACUGGAUAAUAAGAUUGGGGGUACUGCUCUCUUGAAUCUUGAUCACCACCUGGCAUCUUUGGUUAGAUCAGUCAGAGAUACUAGUGCAUUGAGUGUUUCCAUAUUUGGAUCACUCAUAUCGUUUAACUCCAUAUUUGUGUCGAAACCAAAGCCUACCAAAUGGACGAUAGUUUCCGUUCUAAUACAUAAACCGAAAACUAUGAGUGUAGAUCAACCUCAUGUAUCAAAUGAGGCUCUGGAAUCCCAUAUUCAAGUCAUAGAGGAGAGUGUAGAGUGCAUGUCUAGGACCUUGAUCAAAGCAAGGGUUUCUCUCCUUAAUAUACGCUCUCACUAGCUUCACCGAUAAAAUUGGCAUUUUAAUUAUGUUUAAAUGGUUAUGCCUAUAUUUUUGUAAAUGUAAGUGUAACGCUUCGUAUUUUGUACUUUCCUAAUUUAGAAAGUGUACCUCGUAUAUCU